UAUAAAGUCACAAACAAAGGGUACCCAUGCCUUGGACGCCUGUCUCAACAUUUCUUGCAAAGAAAAAGAAGUCUUGGAAAGAGAGAGAGAGAGAGAGAGAGAGAGAGAGAGAGAAAUGGGAAGACCACCUUGUUGUGAUAAAGUCGGUGUGAAGAAAGGGCCAUGGACUCCUGAAGAAGACAUAGUCUUGGUUACUUAUAUCCAAAACCAUGGUCCUGGGAAUUGGAGAGGCGUUCCUUCUAAUACAGGUUUGCUAAGAUGCAGCAAGAGUUGCCGGCUACGGUGGACGAACUACCUGAGGCCGGGCAUCAAACGCGGCAACUUCUCUGAUCACGAAGAGAAAAUGAUCAUCCACCUCCAAGCCCUUCUCGGCAACAGGUGGGCUGCAAUAGCUUCUUACCUACCAGAGAGAACAGACAACGACAUCAAGAAUUACUGGAACACCCAUCUGAAGAAAAAGCUCAGGAAGGUUCAAGGGCAAGACGGUCAUUUCCUGGAAGGGCUCUCACCCAGUUCCCAAUCAACCUCCAAGGGUCAGUGGGAGAGGAGGCUCCAAACAGACAUCCACACGGCCAAGCAGGCCUUGUGUGAGGCUCUAUCCCUAGACAAAUCAACCAAUAAUUUGCCUGACCUAAAACCAUCCAAUGUCAAUUACCCAGUUUGCCCUUCCACAGAUCCUGCCCAAUCAUCCACCACAUAUGCAUCCAGCACUGACAACAUAGCUAGGUUGCUUCAAAGUUGGAUGAAGAGUUCAUCCAAAUCAUCUCAAACAAGCUCAGAAAUUACCACCCAAAACUCCUUCUAUAACCCAAUGGGAAAUCUUUCUAGCCCUAGUGAAGGAACCACUGCAACCGCGGAGGGGUUUGACUCGAUUAAUUUCUGCUUCAGUUCUUCCAAUUGUGACGAGGCUCGAAAUUUCACACCCGGAAAUGCCCUUUUCCGGCAUGAAAGGAAGCCAAACUUGGACAACCAAGUCCCUCUGACAUUUCUAGAGAAUUGGCUGUUUGAUGAUGGUGCUGCACAAGUAGAAGGUGAUGAUCACCUAAUGAUGGACUUGUCUUUGGGAGAAGAUGAUCAUGGGACAUUGUUUUGAGUUUGGGGGGGUUUUGUUUUAGAUCCUGGGUAUUUUCUUUGUUAUCUUUUGAGUCUUUUUAGGGUUGAAACCGAGGCUGUCAUUGGAUCUUUUAUCUGCGGAGUGCGGACAGAGGAACUCGCGAGAGGAAAAAAGAAAACAAAUCGAUUUUAGAAGUUAAUUUUUUUUCUUAUCAAUUUGCUUUUCUUUUCCUCUCGGAUAUCGCUCCGAAAGUACAAGAUCCAAAUACAGCCUGAUAGGUUUUGUUUCUAGCUUUGAGCAGGAAAAUGUGAUCUUUCAAGUAUUGGAAUAGCAGAAAGUGUAUAUUACAACUAGUAUAUCUAUGAAUGGUGUAUUAAUAAUAAAUCUCAUGUAAUGUACUGCUUGUCCGUUCGGCUAAAUAAGUCAACUGACUUGUUUAGCGGAACGGUUAGUUAGAUUACUUUGGAACUCUGUGCAGCUCUUGCUUGGAGCUUGGUAUAAUCUGUAUGUACUAUGGUCACUUCUAUUUGCUAAAA